UCCUAUUUUCAAUAUUGACAUGCCUUUUGCAACUACAUAUUGUGCAUUUUCAACUAAAAAUCUGAAGUAGAACUUAGUGUUCACUUUGAAUGUCCACCAAAACAUCAUUUGGUACAGCUAUAACUGUACCAUUAUAAAUUAAAUCAGUUUGUUGAGCAGACGGGAACCAUUAUUGAAGUCAAGAUGAAUAUUUCGUGUGUUCUGCGAAUGUAUCUGAGAUCUGGUUUUAGAAGCACAUCAUCUCGGUUCUCUGCCAGGUCCGUUCCAUGCAACAGACCUUUCGAGAAGACUGCAUCUUGUUACCACAACAACCACUCUAGCAGAACCAAAUACACUCUGAGUUACAUCCACGGUCAUGACGUCACUCCUAACGCACCCACCCCUCAAGUGAAGACGAUUGGUCAGUUUGUUGAUGAGAGUGCAGAAAAGUUCCCGGAUAAUGACUUUGUGGUCUUCUCCGAAACUGGGCAGAGGAGAACGUUUCAACAAAUCAAAGAAAAGGUUGAUAGUUUAGCAGCAGGUCUCCUAUCCCUAGGAGUGCAGAGGGGUGAUCGAGUUGGUAUCUGGAGUCCAAACACCCUAGGAUGGAUCUUAACCCAGUAUGCUACAGCUAGGAUCGGUGCUAUCCUUGUCAAUCUAAACCCUGCUUAUCAGAUCACUGAGAUCGAGUACACCCUCAAAAAGGUUGGAGUGAAGGUCCUAAUAGCACCAGAGAAUUUCAAGACGCAGCACUAUUACAAGAUGCUAACCGACCUGUGUCCAGAGAUGAAGGCGAUGUCUGGUGCUGGUAAACUGAAAAGCAAACGCCUGCCCGAACUCGAGUCAGUAAUCAUCUUCGACAGCGAGCUUAUGAGUUUACCAGGUGCCUAUGAUAUCGACGACGUCAUGGACAUGGGACGAACCGAGCAUUAUGACGUCAUUGAUCGAUGCAGAAAAAGUCUUCAAUUCGAUGACAUCAUCAAUAUUCAGUUCACAUCGGGUACGACGGGGAUUCCCAAAGCCACUUGUUUGACGCACUACAACAUCAUCAGCAACCUUAACACUCAAUCCUUCGUCUUCCCAGUCAAACCCGGUGAUGUGAGUUGUUUGCCUGCUCCUCUGUUUCAUGUGAUGGGUAUGUCGACAUCGAUGGUUGGAAUGAUGCAGGGUAUAACCACCGUGUUACCAUCAGCAGGUUACGAGAGCGGAGCUAUCCUCCGCGCUAUCCAAGACGAGAAAUGUUCGAUUUUCUUUGGUCCUCCAACCAUGCUGAUUGACAUGCUACAUCACCCAGACUUUGAGACCUUUGACCUCAGUAGUUGGGAGACUGUGUAUACUGGAGGAAGUCAUGUACCGAUUGAGAUUAUCAGACGUAUAGCAGAAGAAGUGCCCUCCAUGAAGGAACUCCUUUUGGUGUAUGGAAUGACUGAAUCUACUGGCGCUACUUGUGGGACCCUUAAUGGUGACCCGGAAGAAGUUCGCUUUUCAACUGUUGGAAGACCCCUACCAUGGUGUGAGAUGAAGAUGGUAGAUCCAUCUAGUGGUGACGUAAUGCCUGUAGGUAAACAAGGAGAGCUCUGCAUCCGGGCACCUUGGGUGAUGGUUGGUUACUGGGGUGAUGAAGAGAAUACGAAAGAAACCUUGGAUCAGACAAGAUGGCUUCAUACAGGAGAUUUAGCUAAGAUGGAUUCCGAAGGAUACAUAAGCAUCGUAGGCCGGAUCAAAGAUGUCGUCAUCCGAGGAGCAGAGAACAUCUCCACCAUCCAGAUUGAACAAUGUCUUCAUACUCAUCCUAAAAUAGAGGAUGUUCAGGUAGUCGGUGUACCAGACGAAAGAAUGAUAGAGGAACUCUGCGCAUGCGUGAAGCUGAAGGCGGGAGAGACAUGUGAGAAGGAAGACAUUAGGGAGUUUUGCCGAGGAAAGUUGUCUCAUUACAUGGUCCCACGGUAUGUUGAAUUUGUGGAGGUAUUCCCAAGGACCACAACGGGAAAAGUGAAGAAGUUUCAACUCAAAGAAGAAAUGAAACAAAAACUCAAACUCCAAUAAUGCAUAAAGAUCGAACAAUAUUGCAAUGUCGAUACAAUCAUGAGGUUGUUAUCUGUUCUUGAAAGGUUAAAUGAGUGGUCAAUAUCAUUGCCACAGGUGCGGUUCUGGAAGAAUAUAGAUAAAUAU